AUGGAGAAGACAGGGCCGGUGGAGGCGAGCGAAUGCGAUGGGAAAAUGGAUGACAAGGUCGCAUCCACAACGGUUCCAGCGCCCCGCGACAAUGAAGCCCGACCGGCAGCCUUUUCAUCCACCAUUCAAGAGAUCCUGUUCGUCGCGGUUGCGACCAUGGCAAUUGCCAUGUCGUCCCUCCUGACUGGGACCAUCACGGUGCUCACGUCCCAAGUUCAGAGGGACCUGAACAUGACCACCGCGGAGCUGACGUGGCUGACCAGUGCAUCCUCUCUGGCUUCCGGCUCCUUUCUCCUUUUUUUCGGCCGUUUGGCGGAUUUAUUUGGCCGGAAAGCGCUUUUCAUCGGUGGCAUGGCUUUUUUUGCCGUCUUCGCGCUGGCUGCUGGGUUUUCCAAAACGCCCAUGCAAGUCGACAUUCUCAACGGUGUCAUGGGCCUGAUGUCGGCUGCCUCUGUCCCGCCUGCGCAAGGUAUGCUAGCCAACAUCUAUGAGAAGCCAUCGAAAAGGAAGAAUAGGGUCUUUGCCUGUUUCAGCGCCGGAAACCCCUUGGGAUUCGUCUUCGGUAGUAUAUUUUCCGGGAUUGCUACGCAGCUGUUCAACUGGAGAGCCAGCUUCUUCUUACUGGCCAUCAUUUACGUCGUCAUUGUAGCGAUUGCCCUGUUCACCGUCCCAGCAGAUAAUACGCCCACGGAAAAAUUAUCCGUCGAGGCCAUCAAGAGGUUCGACGUCGUCGGUACUAUCUUGACCGUCGCUGGUAUCGGCUUGUUUUCCGCCGCGUUGAGUCUUGGCUCGGACGCUCCGCAAGGCUGGAAGACUCCGUACGUCCUCGUCUGCCUCAUCCUAGGUGUCCUCCUCAUUGUUGCCUUCGUCUUCUGGGAGUGCUGGUUUUCAUACCCCCUCAUCCCGAUGUCCAUCUGGCGCGAUCGUGACUUCUCGCUGGUCAUCGCUGUUCUUCUGCUCGGCUUUCUCGCCUUUCCAAUUAUGUCAUUCUGGAUCUCUCUCUUCAUGCAAGAGAUCAAACAGUACUCUGCCCUCCCCGUCGCCGUGCACAUGCUUCCUAUGGCUAUUAUGGGCAUCAUCGUCAACAUCAUCGCAGGACUGAUCAUGCACCGCGUGUCCAAUACCCUCCUAAUGCUUCUUGGUGCCACUUCGUACGUCGGAUCCUUCCUCCUUAUGGGUCUUCAACACUCGGACAGUAGUUACUGGGCUUUCAUCUUCCCGGGUUUGCUUCUCGCGGUGAUCGGCGCCGACUUCGAGUUCUGCGUGGCGAACAUGUACGUCAUGAGUUCUCUGCCGCCGGAACAGCAGAGUAUCGCUGGUGGAAUUUUCCAGACGGUGACAAAACUAUGUGUGGCCAUCGGUAUGGGAAUCAGUACCGCCAUCUUUGAUGCGGUUCAAGCGAGAGGGACGACCACAACCGGGUAUUUCAAAAAUGACCCGAUCGAGCCGUAUAGUGCGACAUUCCUGUACUGCGCAGGCAUUGCCUCCCUCGGCAUUCCACUGUGUGCCUUUCUAAAAAUUGGCAGACAGGGUCACGGUGGGGAUGGGAAGAAGGGGACGGACGACGAGAAGGUCUGA